CAUGCACCAUCUUUUCUCUCUCAUGCCGUGUGCCAUUCCCUCCCUCUCUGCCUGCACUUCCUCAAAGUGGUCAGAGCUCCUCUCUUUCCUCCUGUGCUCUUCACAUCCUCUCCACCCUCCCGUCAUCUCACCUCCACCCGUUGCUCGAACCUCAGGCCGCCACCUGAAUCCUCUUCCAAAAAAACUUGACCUUUUUGGUGGUCCCCUCAUCCUCUCCCUGCAGUUUGUGUGUCUGGAGUGUCCGGUGUCGCUGAGAGAGUCUCCAAACGGUGUCCGACGGGAGAAAAGACCGGGGGAAGAGUUUUCUGCACAAUGAAAGUUCAGCUGCUGCUCCUGUUGGCCCUGGCUGGCCCUUUCUGUGCCUUCACACGUGCGAGCCCAACGGAAUAUCCCUCAGAAAUCACCUGGACAGAUGGUGCGACUUCAGUGGAAAAUGCUCUCGUCACCGAUCCUCCUCUCACCACAUCGCAUGCUGCACCUCUUGCUGACGUUGCAACAGAUCUGCCCUCCACCACAGACGAUAGCCAAGAAACCACAGUUGAGAUUGUGACCACCGAAGCAGAACAAACAUUCGCUUUAACUCCAGUAGUUGAGACGACAGCUCCCAUAGAGGAGACCACAGCUCCUGCCGAGGAGGUCACGACUCCUGUUGAGGAGGUCACGACUCCUGUUGAGGAGACCGAAACACCUGCCGAGGUGACCGGAGCACCUGCCGAGGUGACCGAAGCACCUGCCGAGGUGACCGAUGCACCGGGUGAGGAGACCGAAGCACCAGUAGACCCUACAGAAGCUGAGGAACAAAAUGAGGUGAUAGAGAAAAGCAGCACAAAUGAAGAACUGAGCGGUGAAAAAGAAACAGAAGAGGGCCUGAGUUCUGGACAGAUAGUCGGCAUCGUGAUCGGCGCCAUCACGGCAGUGGUCAUUGUCAUCGCUGUGGUGAUUGCAGUAUUUAGGAGGAUGGGCAAAUACUCGUCUGCUAAGAGCAAAAAAUCAGCAAAAAAAGACAUCACUAUGCCCUUGAGGAGAAAGCCGACCAAGCAGCAGGAGCGCGUAAAGUUCUGGAAAUUUUAAACUACUGAACUGUGAUGUUGAUUUUGAUCCUAUAAAACGAGCACAACGCCAGAACUAAACCAAUCUAACGUGGAGCCUGAACUGAUGCCAAACCAAAAGAUGAAGGGAGGUUUGUUUGUGUUGAUGCACUGUGUUGUUUGUGAGACAAGAGGGAUGCACAAGCCAACCCCCCAUAUUAAGGAGCUGCUGACAUUAAAGGCUCUGCCUUCCCAUAUUCCCUUGAAGAGAACAAAACAAUGUGACAGCAGGAAGUCAUAGAAGUAUUCAAACACAUAAUGUAGAAUAAAAGCAGAAAUGAUUUAUUUGGCACAUGGAGGGUGUGUUUCUGUACUUUAAAGAGAUAAAGACUCAACGUAACACUAAACAGUUUGCUGCUUCUCUCUCCUGCUGGUUGAAAGCAAAAUUACUAUUGUAAACAACCCUGCCGCAGCCUACUGUAGCUAGCGCUAACAAUGAGCGAAUGCUAACACAAACCAUCUGAUCCUGAAAGCCACAAGGUACAAAAAUCCACACUGUUGAAUUAAAAUAUUACUUCCAGGUCCAGUUACAACAAAGCUAGAUCACCAUCAGUCCAUGAUUCCGUAGCCUCUUUUAGCUCCCUCAAAGAGGGUAGGCCAUGCCGAUGUUCACUCUGGUUUUAGCUCUUUCCUUAGCUACCAAAAAUAUUACUCACUAACUUUUCUUGACAGACUCCGUGACCAUGAUGCCAAAAAAAAAUAUUCAACUUUUCUUUUGCAUGUGUUUUUCAUUGAUGAUCAGCAAUUGGAAAAAGCUAACUGCUUGCCUUUAUAUUAACUACCAGCAAGGUAAACAGCUAUUGCCAUGAAGCAGGCAGCUAGGCCACUCCCACAAAACUGUAAAGUGUGGUUUCGGGUCAGCAGAGAGCUGUCCAAGGUGAAGUUGGUCAUGUUCUGACCUACACAAUCACUGAAACCCACCUUUAAAGAAUAUUUUCAAGUGUUCAAAGUUGUUUUGUGCUACUUUAAAUAAAUGGGAAACGUUGGAGAGAAAAAUCAUUAAAAAGAAGUGCGGUUGGGUUAGAGAUGCACACCCAAAACACGUAUGUAAAUACAAUGCAGGAGCACUACGUAGAAUAGAGCAAACCCUCUUUUUUUACAGUUGCAUAGCCUAGCUUUAACUCCUACAAACACAGUUUAAAACUGCUUCUUGUGCAGCCUGAAUACCUGACACAUCGGCCAGCUGCAUGAAGCAGAUUGCAGAAGUUGUCCCGACAACACGUGUGCGCCCUCAAGGGCGAGCAUGACAGAAAAAGGACCCUCAUUUACGAGAGUAACGUGACGUUCUGCCCGCUUUGACACUGACUCAUUAAAACCUAAUACAUAUCUGUGAAAUUUAGCAGAAGGGUUUGUUGCCACUGUCUCUGGUAUUCUCAAGAAGGAGUUUAGCUUUUCAAGUGAACAAUUAUUAGUAUUUCCGUUUUAAACUGGCUCCCGUUUAAGAAAACACGGAUAAAUUCAGAGUUUUACACUGCCAGCGGCUGUUAGACUUAAUUAUAGUAAUGCUAUGACAAUGUAUUCCUAGUUCUUCUGUUAUUACAUUACCAGAACAUCCACCCAGUCAUUAGCUCAAAAUUACACACACGCUUAUGUUUAAUAGCUGCACUUAGUUUUAGUGAACAGUUUGAAGCAGUUUUGCCUCUUUUUUUUUGUAAGUUUUGCAUCUGUAGCCGUGCUAAGUAGGUGUAUAAAAAACCAACUCACAAAACGUCCCUGCGUGCUUUAAAGAAAACCUAUUUAAUAUGUGCACUGAAUGAUUGCUUUAAUGAAUAGGCUUUAGACUCUGCAAAUGUUUUGCAAUGACGUGUUUGUUUCCUUUCUGCUCUGUGUUGUUUCGAAGACUUUAAUUUGUGCCAUCUGUUUUGUUCAAACCAUUUAUUUAAUUGCAGUUUUUUGUUCAUACUGUUUCAAAUAAAAAGACAAAAACACAAAAUGUU